AUGCGCAAGGAUACAGAAAAGGUCAAGUUGGCUCACAAUGGCAAAGCGCUAGCUACGAUGCACGGCUUCUCUGCAGACGACCAAAAACGCCUCGAACAAGCGCUGCGCGCAUCCGCAAAGACAAUUGCCCCAAAACCAAUUGGCAAAGAUCGAAAUGCACUCUACGCAUCCCACAAGGAGCAACUCUUGACUCAAUUCCAAAGUCACUGGGAUCGGUCCAAGGCCUCAGACAAAUGGACCAAGAGCUCGAUCAGCAAGAUCCUCUCCAACUACCUCUUCGACUACAACAAGCAUCAAGGCACAUCCAAGACAGUGUCCAAGAAGAAGGCAGUAAGGAAGACCCACGCUCCGAAGCCAAAGGCCAGUGAGCCAAAGCACAUUGUGUCUUACCUCAAGGAGGACAGCCCUCCAGAAUCGACUGUGAGACCCUUGCGCAAUCUCAAAAGCCCGUUCACCUUCAGACCCAUCAACCAAAGAUCACCAUCGCCCAGUGAUCGGCUCGUCAAAGGACUUUCGGAGUCGCCGUUCGACAAGCCGCAAAAUUCGCGAAUCGACUCGGUUCUCCCAUUCACACAGCACAGUCCACCCGAUCCAGAGUCCGAGGAUCUGGAGCCCCUAUCAAAACUGGCCGAGACAAUCGUAGUUGUCAGACCAAGUUCGUCAGACCCUCACGAACGCACUAUGAUUUCCUUCCCGCUAUGGCGCUGUCAGAAUCCUGUGAACGGAAGAGACGCAGCGCCAGAAUUCCUUCAUGAUUGGCGCGAUUUGUCCUUCACGGACUUCUUGCGUCAGCUCAAGGCCGAACAAGCGCUCAACCCUGGAGAGAUGGUAGUUUGGGGCGAUUACAACCAGGUGCUCACCAGCAACAUGACCUUCGCCGGUGCAGUUCAAGAACAACUUCAAGCAGCUCCGUACAAUGACUCGGCUCUUAACGAGGCUACAUUCAUGGUUGUUAGCAGUAAGUCUCUUGCUUCAAUCUUAGAAGGAUCUUUUGCUAACAUCUGGUCAGAAUCUAAGAUGACCGAGUAA